UUUGGAAGGAAGUACCUAUUCAUUAAAGUUUUGCAAGUUUCGAAAAGUAACUUAUAGCUAAACAAAAGUUUUCUUGUGUUUCUGUCAUGACAUGUUUUCCAAAUGGAAUGAAAUAUUGAUUAUUUGUAAUGUAAGAGGCUCAAUUCAAACCAGAAAGCAAGAUGGCUGCGUCCGAUAUGGAUAUUCCUGUGCCAACUCCUAAUCAAGACUGUCAAGGGUUGUUAAUGGAUCCUAGUGCUUAUGGAUCCUGGCUGCGAAAGCGAAGUUUUCGAAACAAAGUCAAACUAUUUUGUUGGCCAAGGGUGUAUGUGGUGUCUGUCGAUGGCUGUGUGUAUUACUAUAACAGCGAGAUAUCAAAGCGGCCAACUGGGUCAUUCUCGCUCUAUGGAUACAAUGUGAUUCAGCGAGCAAAUGACAUACCUAAAAAGGAUGCACCCUGGGCAUUCAAGAUUGUUCACACACAUGUAGAAUAUAAAACAUAUUACUUCACAGCUUCAUCAGAAAAAGAAAUGAAGGAGUGGAUGAAAAAGAUUAAAUCCGAAAUGAAGCGAGCAAACCGAAGUAACAUAGUUUCAAGGACACUAGGAGAUGGACAAGAGAUGGAUUAUGACAACGAGUCACUGACAUAUCAGUCGAUCGAGACAAAGAUUUACGAUGAUCCUCAUACGUUCAAGAUUCCAGCAAAUUACAAAAACCCAACCGCAGAUGAAGUUUCUGAUGAGGAUGACUCCGAUGUCUACAAACACAGAGGCCCACUGCCCCCACCCCUCCCAGCAAGACGAGAAGAAAAAGAAUCCAGACGGAAGAAAAGAAGCCAAGUCAGUAAAGCAGAAAAGAUGAUGGAUAAAUUGUCUGUCAGCGAGGAAAAGGUGAAAAAAGGGGGCUUACAGAGAGGAAAACCUGAUGGUGACAGUAUGAAGGUCAAGGUUAAAAAUGAAGAGCCGCCUGAUGACGAAGAAGAUGAACAGGCCAAGUACUGGGAAAGUAUAUACUUCAAGGGCCAAAGAGAAGAAGCAAGCGAGAUUAUCCGAAUGCUUGCGGAGGAGGGUGUGUACAUGGUGCGUAGUAGCGAAGACGGCGGACAAGUUUUGGUAGUGUUUGUAGGAGAUAUGCCCAAAAAGUACAAAAUCAACUUUGAGGAUGAGCAGUAUUAUUUAGCGAGUAAGACCCCCGAAAGAUUUGACUCUGUAGAGGAGCUGUGUUUCUUUUACUACUCCAACAACCUACCAACAGCACCGGUUAAGCUUCAGACGCCGUACCAACUUCAUCCUGAUUACUCUGCUACAUCAUGACACCACUACGCUCUUAGAUCACCUCCUGGUAUUAGAGUUCCGUCAUGAAGCUGCAAUCGCAAGAUUACUUUUAAAGGCACUGACCAAGUCAUGUUAAAUAUGUUUGGCUAUUAGAGAUUUUUUACCAUUAAAUUACACAUUAUUUAUGUCUUGCUUAAAAUGAUUGAUUUAGGUGGGGUUUUUUAUCAGGUCACUGUUUUCAGUAGCUCAAAAUGCAUUUUAUACAAAACGGGAAAAGCAUAUAGCUCAGAAACAAGGGUCAGCAACUUUAAUAUUUCUGCCUUUUGGCCUGUCCCAAAACCACAUAUGACAUGGAAAAUAAAUACUAUUUUAACCAACAUUAAUACUUAAACAUUCAGAAUAGAUGAUUAAGUUGUAUUUUCUUCAUUUGAUGUUCCAUAAUUUUAAUUUUUUUUGGAUGUGCCAUUGUUUCAUUUCUCUUGAUGUGCCAUUCUUUCAUUUCUCUUGCAUGAAAUCGACAUUCCAUGUUGUAAUCAGAAGCAGUUUUUAUCCUCAAAGCGGGACUGUUUUGUACAUUGUAUGUUUGCUUUGCCACAGUAUUCCCUGGCAAAAUGCAGGACAUGCAUGAGAAUUAUGAGACAUUUUGUUUAGAACGUGCAUUGUCUAUCUUAUUUCUAAACCAGGAAUGCCAUUCAUAGGUGGCAGCUGGCACAUGUUUGCCACAGUAUUCCCUGGCAAAAUGCAGGACAUGCAUGGGAAUUAUGAGACAUUUAGUUUAGAAUGUGCAUUGUCUAUUUUAUUUCCAAACCAGGAAUGCCAUUCAUAGGUGGCAGCUGGCACAUGUUUGCCACAUAUUUAAUAAAUUGUUUGCCUGGUUUAGAAUUACCAUGACAAAGUGCUUCCCAAGCAAUUGUUAAUAAUUUUACAAUCUUAUUUGUGCAUUUUGAUAACCUAUGUUAUGUGUGUGAAAGCUCAUUCCUGAUUGGUUAAAACUAGAUGGUUGUUAAUACAAAAUGUUAAUAUUUGAGAUAAACCAAAGAAAUUGUAUCAUUCUAAGGCUUCGACGCACCUGAAUAUGUCAUAAAAUAUUUGUAGCAGACGGUAAUAGCCGGCUAUAACUUUAUUUUCCUUUAUUGUUUCUAUUCUUAAUGACACCACAGCACACCAAUUAGGAAAAGACCUUCCUUUAUUAAUGUAUGUAAUGUCUACAAAAGUGACAGACCGUGUAACUGUUUAAAUCUUGUUAGUGGGAAGUAAUGCUGUAGGAUUAGGAAGAGAGAUUGCAGGUCUUAGGAUUUCAAAUUUUAUGGAGAACACUUUUUCUGUUCCAUGCCCUGUGAUCAUCGGAACCUAUCACAGAUUCGCAGAUUUCCAACUUUUUCAUGGUGAUUUGAGAUUCAUGAUCAUCUGGAGUUUUUUUAGGUUUGAGUUACAAACUAAUUUAUGUAUUCCUCAAAUGAGUUUCAAAACAUUUGAUAGAGUGUAUUUGUUACAGUUUAUUUAUUAUCAGCUCAUGAAUACAUGUAUGUAUUAAACCACAGAAUUGCUUUAAUUAAUGAAACCUUGAGACUGAAAAAAAAAUUCACCAAGGUUUGAUGUAAAAGCUUUAAAAGCAUAUGUACUUACAGUACAGUGUAAGCUGCUGUUUGCUAAAUCACCAAAUGCCAAUUUAAUGUUGAAUUUGAAAAAUACAUUUUGUAAGUCCCCCCAGCUCCCCCCUCCAAAAAAAAAAACCCAAACA